AUGGAUCACUUUGUGCGUGCUUGCAUCAACGCCACACUUAGUGAAUUCCUAUCUUCUCAUAUACUCGGCCUUCACUCUGCCAAGCAAGUAUGGGAUGCUCUUGCAGAGCUAUUCUAUCAGCAAUCUACAGCCCGAAAAUCUUAUCUUCGAAGUGAACUUCACAGCAUUAACAAAGGGUCUUCAACAAUCACAGAAUAUCUACACAAAGUGAAGUCUCUUGCUGACUCUUUAGCUGCCAUUGAUGAAAGAGUCAAAGACUCAGAUCUUGUUACUCAUACAUUGAAUGGUCUUGGUCCUGACUACCUCAACUUCGUUAUCACUAUUGAGAACUUGAAUCCACCUAUUGCAUUCACGGAGCUGCGAGCGAAGUUACUCACUCAUGAGCAAUGCCUCCAUAAGGGCUGCGCCAGUCGUAACAGUGCAGUUCCACCUCCUCUAAACACAUAUGCUGGUCUCCAUAUGGCACCACCAUUGCAGCCACAAGCACAUAAUCCACCUCGCCCUCCAUUCGGACAUGAUGAACAGUGGAUACAGACUCAGUCGGUUCCCUACAAUGGUGAAGAUCAGGUUCUAGUUGGUGAUGGUAAGAGAAUUUCAAUCUCUCAUACUGGUAGUACAACUUUACCCACCCAAUUUACAGCUUUGAAACUUCACAAUGUCUUAGUAGUUCCUCAUAUUACAAAGAAUCUACUUUCAAUUUCACAACUUACAAAGGAUAAUAACUGUUCUGUUGAAUUCUUUCCAUGGGCGUUGUGUGUAAAGGAUGUGCUAACAGGAAAACUUCUGCUGAAGGGUCCUCUCAAGGGUAAUCUGUACACUUGGCCACUCACUGCAAAAGCAUCUAUGGCCUACUUCAGUACUCAAGAACCAACUGCAGUGUGGCAUCAACGUCUAGGACACCCAUCCACCACCAUUCUUCACCAAGUACGUGCUGCUGCUCCAUUUCUUGCCAUUCCCAAGCUGAAGAAUAACUAUAUCAACCUACAGUUACAGAUGGUUGGUUUGCUUUAUCUCAAAAAAAGGGUUGCAUAUGAACUUCUAAUAGAGCCACAACAGCAGGUUUUUGGAAAGCAACUGGAAGAAUGA